AUGGAAGAUGAAAUUAAUGAAUGCAUUCGGAAAAAGAUACAGUGGACUCAAUUGCCAGGAAAUGUAAAGAAGUUACUCAAUGAUUCUCCAAAGGAAUAUGAAAGGUGUAUAUUAGAUUUCAGUAUUAAAAAUCAACUGAGAUUCAGAGGGAGCUUAGUGCGCUCAGUUCGAAAAGAUGAAAGGAAAUACUAUGAGAUGCUUGUACAGAGCAGUAUACAGAGGCUCAUGCUCUACCCAUAUCACUUAGCUGAUAUGAUAGUUAAAGGUCUUAGAAUCACUCCAUUCAUUUACUACAUAGAAGUAGUGGCAUUACUUAUAGAAACUGAGAAAAGUUAUGACACUAUGCCCAAUUUCACUGCAGCUGAUUGUCUUCGUCUAUUAGGCAUAGGCCGUAAUGAGUACUUAGAGCUAGUAGCAAAGGCUAGGUCCCUGGGUCGCCGCGGAAGGUCCAAGGCCAUCCGUGGUCUGUUACCUCGAGUGCCUCUCAAUAUACCCAUGCAACCCUGGUGGAGGGUAGAGCUCGGAUAUGUCCUCGAAGAAGAUGUUAAACCUCUUAAUGAGAGUGAGAAGUCACUUAUAGACCUCCUCAUAGACCGAGGUUCUCAAACGGCCGGCACGCUCGACUACAACCUCGUUAAAAGCCUAUACAGGAGAGGUCUCGUCUACUUAGACGUGCCCAUAACGGGGGCCGACAAAGUAUCCGUGCCCCCAUUGAAAGGGUUUGUGAUGAAUCGCAUAGCGGGGGAUUAUUUUGAGACGCUGCUUUAUAAGGUGUUCGUGUCUAUUGACGAGCACACGAGCGUAGCCGAACUGGCCUCAGUGCUGCAGGUGGACGCGUCUCUGGUGAAGCAAGCGGUGUCCCUGUACUGCCGCCUGGGCUUCGCCGAGCACCUGCAGCCUCCCCCCCGUCAACCCUCACCACGUCUCUUGGACGAACGCCAUCACCACGCACCAGCAUCGUCCGUAUCGCCAAAUUACCCCUUUGUCGUUUGA